GCAGUUCAAAUCGGGCGCUUCCAGUCAGGAACAAUACCACGAGAUUCCUAAUUACACGCCAAAAUGUCGCCAUCUAAAUCAUCCGGCGAGGGUUCUACGCAUAAUGACGAUGGAUUAAAGCCAAAGGCGUGGAUCGUCGGUGGGAAGUUCCGUGAGGAUUCGGAAUCACUGGCACCCAUUCCCACCGAGCGGGGAGACCCUGAAGAAGUCGAUUUCGAUUUCCCCGCGACGGCGUUGGAAGAAAGGCAUAUAGAAGAGUCAAAUGAGGACGUUCUCGUUCUUGACUUUCUGGACGGCGACAGUGAGAACCCGUUCAAUUGGAGCUCCGGAAAAAAGGCCGUCAUCUCAGUUCUACUCUGCUUGAUGACCCUGUUCGUCGGUCUCGCAACAACAGCGUACAGUUCAGGAAUCGGCAACAUGACCAGCGACCUCGGUGUAUCAGAAGAACUCGGCCAGCUGGGCCUGUUUACAUUCAACUUCACAUGCGCCCUGGCGCCCCUCUUCCUCGCCCCCUUUUGCGAGCUCGUCGGCCGAAAAGUCAUCUACAUUGGCGCAUACAUCCUCUUUGCAAUCAUGUUCAUUGGCCUCGCUCUAGGCAAGAACAUUGCAACCAUCCUCGUCUGCCGCGCCCUCCUCGGCCUCUUCGGCUGCGUCGGCACGAUCCUCGUCGGCGGCACCUUUAGCGACAUGUACACCCCCGACAACCGCGCCGUGCCCAUGGCCAGCUUCUCGUACGUCGCGAUUCUCGGAACAGUGGCGGCCCCGAUUUACGCAGGCUUCAUCGACGAAACGAUCGGAUGGCGCUGGAUUGAAGGAAUCCAGGGUCUAGCCAACAUCCCCCUCAUCAUCCUCGUCGCCAUCUUCCUGCAAGAAACCCGCGGCGGCGCAAUCAUGGCCAAGCGCGCAAAACUCCUCCGCGAGAAAACCGGCGACGAGCGAUACCGCGCAAAGAGCAACCUCGAAGCACCCAGCCUCAAACACAUGCUGCACAAUUCCUCCGUCAAGGCCAUCAACAUGCUCGUGACCGAACCCGCCGUCCUCGCCUUUGGCAUCUGGAUCGGCUUCGCCUGGUUCGUCACCUUUCUCUUCCUCUCCGUCAUCCCAAUCACAUUCCAAGAGAAGCGCGGGUGGAGCGAGGGCGUCGCAGGCCUCCCCUACAUCUCCCUGUGCAUCGGCACAACAAUCGGCUUCGCGACCAACUUUAUCCAGAUCCGGAAAUACGAGCGCAUCUCGGCCGCCAACGACCGCCGCAUCGUCCCGGAAUCCCGCCUCUACGGCGCAAUGUGGGGCGCCUUUGCCCUCCCCAUCGGCCUCUUCAUCUACAGCUUCACGCAGUACGCCGACCUCCACUGGAUCGGACCGGUCAUCGCGCUCGCACCAAUCGCAAUCGGCAUCUUCUACAUCUUCGAGUCGACGUAUAGUUUCACGUCAGACUGCUAUGGUGAGAAUAGCUCAUCCGCGAUCGCGGGCCAGGGGUUCCUGCGAAACACGCUCGGUGCCGUCGCGCCCUUGUUCGCGUCGCAGUUUUUCCACAAUGUGGGCAGCCAGUAUGCGGGGCUUAUCUUGGCGAUUGCGGCGACGGUGCUCGCAUUUAUCCCGUUUGUUUUCUUUAAGAAGGGGGCGGCGAUUCGGGCGCGGUCCAGGUUGGCGAGUUCGCAGGGGGGCGAUGAUGAGCAGAAGCGGAGGACAGGGCUUUAUUUGUAUCGGUAGCUCCCUACCUGUAAAUAUCUCGUGAAAUAAUGUAUUCGAAGGACGUAAUUUGAUUAUUAGUAUCCCUGUACCCGAUCAAAGAGGUCAAAUGCGGAACAGUCUCACAGGCCUACCCUACUUACUAUGAUCCAUUUAUACAUGGUAUUGACCGAAGAAUAGCGCAUGCUUUGCAACUCUACACUAGAGCUGAACGUAGAAGGUCGUGGGAUUGCGACGAUAUUUCCUCAUCACUGCCGGAAAGCAAUGCAGGAGCUCGCAGGUCAACGGAGGUUGGGGGGCGGGCGAACGAAGC